AUGAGUUUCAAUCCAACCAAUGUUAUGCAAGCGUCUAUGUACCAGACUAUUCAACUCAGGCUUACGAGCAACCCUCUUAAAGGGGACCCACCCAUCGUCAACAAUGAUGAGGUUUAUCUUUUUAUAGAUCCAGGCUCUGAUCCGGCAACACAAUGUCAGUACGAUCUAGAGGGGCAACCACAGGGGGUGAAGCACUUCAAAGUUACGGAUGCAGACAGCGAGGGCUACCUGGGCUACGUCGAAUUGCCUAUACUUAGUAACAUGUUUUCUGAAGGCUCUAGCUACGUGCUGUGCUACCUUUCUCGUGGUUUAAAGACUGCAAUAGUCCUUCGACGACCAAGCGACAGCUCCGGUAGUACUGCACUAUUGAUAUGGCCGCCGCUCUAUAAUCAGUACAAUCUCUUCCCUCCUAGCGCGAGCGGAGGUGAGGGUAUGGUUGACUUGUCCCUCUCUGAGAACGAGCUACCAAAGGAACGUCCCCACAAUAAGGCGUUUCACAAAAGUUUCACCAUUUUCAUUCCAUCCUGUGUCCCUGGAUGGAACUGUACGGAUCUAAAUGCACUAACCAUAGCCUGUGAUGCCGUCGGCAAGGAUCUGGAAGAAAGAGGAUCUGUCGAUGGUGUGGUCCUAGUCUCCUACUUGUCCUACUCCAGCGUGUCAUCGGUGGCGGGAAAGCUUGUUGUACCAUACUUUCCCAGCCAGGAUGGGUAUUUCAUAUGCGUACCUUAUUGCCCCGGCGGUGCCGUCAACUGCGGGACCGCAAGUGUCUCGAUGUCGUACACGGUUGUUGCAGCCGCCACGCCUAUUCUAAAGUUCAGUCCUGCGACACCAGGGGUAUACAGCCGCAUUCCGGAGAAACCUCAGGCACGGGAGGAGGGAAGCUUAACUUUCUAUGGCAUUGGGCUAUCUAAUGCUGAUAAGGUUAAGAUUAUUGUGCCCAAUGAUCAAUGCACCUCACCGUCUGCUUCGUUGCUUGACAGCAUUAGGUUUGGUGCGCUGGAGUAUACACCUAAAGAAAAAAAGGCCUUUAUCCGGUUCGUCAGGCUAGAUCUUCUUGAUAAGUCGAUUACUGGGAGGGUUUGCUAUUGGCGUAGCGCAUCGGGCAUGUGGUCGAGUGCCUAUCUCUCAAAAGACAACCAAAAAGCGGAUUUUACGAUUGACCCCCUUCAACCCAGUCAUUUCACCGUACUGACUCCAUCACCUGGUGUGGGAAAGACCAUCAGGUUAAAGUUUUUUGGAAAUGGCCUGAAUGGCAACACCGACAAGGCUUUUCUUUCCUCUGUGUCCAUUUCGAAGCCAUGCGAAGCGAUAUUGGAUGACGAGGAUCUGUUUAUAUGCGACAUGACUGGUACUGCCACUCCGGUCUGCAAUGUCUACGUAAACCCACCGUUAAACAUCGAGAUUAAAUUAUUUGUUUACUACUGCACGGAUGGACGUGCGAAUUACGCCCAACUCCACGAUACUGUCACUCUUGCGGCGAGGAAUCCGACUUACACUUUGUCCUCAUACCCGAUCUUUGGUGGACAGUUUGUGCGCAUACAGUUCACUGGAAAAGGUCUCUCCGCAAAUGAUGAGAUAAGAAUUAUACCGCACGACAAGUCUUGCGGUAAUGACGUACCACCCUUCACCAACGCCAGUCUUACGAGCUUUACAGAAGUGAAACCUGGAGAGACCUAUGAAUGCGAACUGGUUGGGCAAGCAGAUGUCUGCCUCACUGUGUGCUACCACUUAAGCAGCUCUGAUUCGUGGGUAACGACUCAUAGCAGCGUCGGCUCUUCGGUCUCAGUGUUCACGUCGUGCCCAGCGACGGCGCUUUACAUCGCACCAUACCCGGGCCGGUAUAACUUUCCAAUGACCACAAGGGCAAGUCCUAUCACUGUGUAUGAGACGGCUCAGAUGAGGAUCGAAAAUAUGUAUUCAUCCAAUUCUAUCAUUCCAGUGGGCAUAAAGAUCGUGCGCAUGCCGGAUGCUUGCGUAUUGAAGUUAUGUAGUGGUAAGCCUGCCUGUGCAGAAGAGGCUUCAGCCGAUGAUUUCGUCAGUGAAUUCGCGCUUGCGAGUCUCUCCGCGAAUGUGAUGUUGUCUGAUGUGGAUUCAAACUAUGUUGUCUGUGUUUUGCUUGUAAAAGGAGAGUCGUAUAUUCCUGUGUUGCCCUAUUGGGUUCCAAAAGCAUCUGUGAAUGCCACUACGUACGGCUUCAAGGCCACCACACGGAACCUGGAGUUGUCUUAUUACGAGCCGAAAAGUUGGCAUGUGGGCAUGGCAACACUAACAACUAUUUUCUCUGGUGUCGGCCUGGACGCUUUGCGUGAUCGAGUGUAUCCCGUAGCAUCCAUCACGCUUCUAGACAAUCAUGUCUGCCCACCGCCGGACGGUGUGCUGCCGAUGGUCCUCGUUCCGUCAGUGCAUCCUGAGAACAGCACGACGAAAGUGGUCACCGUGACGUAUGCCCGCUCCGACCUCCUUACCAUUGAUGUGGUGCACUUUUGUUACCAAUGGGCAAGUGUUGCCGACACAGGGUCUAGAAAAGGUCAGAGUCGCAUGUCAUACGCCGGCUAUGUUCAUAUUGACCCCGCUAUUCCUUCGUCUUUCAAGCUUGUGAAUAUGCCGGCGGACGGUGAGUACUACGCCACUGAUUCAGUUACAAUGAUUUUUUUUUCUGAUGACAGUAAAAACAAUGUGCUCUCUGCGGAUAAUGAUGCCGUAUACUUUUAUCGCUUUGACAGCUCCAUGUACCCAAACCCGAACUGUUACUGCAAUCCAUUUGCUUGUCCCUCCGAGCUGAAGAUAUCCUACAAUGAUGCGAUAUUCACCAACGUCACAACAGCUCAGGUAGUGCCUGGUUCUCAGGUUAACUAUACUAAUUUCCAUGGAUUUCGAAACUAUGAAGUGGAUACCACAUACGUUGUCUGCUACUCCGUAGGAUUCUUUGCGCAUGCUGACAUGUACCUGGGGAGGUUUAUGGUAAAAUUGGCGAAUCCAAUGUAUUAUACUCUUCUUAAGCGUGAUGGAGCAGUAAAUCACGCCGGUGAAGUCAUCAGUAUCUUGGCUCAUCGUUGCCGGGAUACCAGCCGCUGCAAACUUCUCACAGAAGACGACCAAAUGAUUCUGAUACCAAGCGCUGUGGAGUGCGCAUCGGUAUACUCUGCCGACGCGUUCGCAAGCGUGGUGCAGCACAUUGGUCGACCAGUCGUAAGUGGCGCGAAUGAGUAUAUGUACCUACAGCGUUUUGUCGUUAACCAUGCCGGAAAGUACAGAGUCUGCUACCGCCGGCAUAGCAAACUCGAGGGCAGCUUUGCUGAGCUUGCGUUCACCUCAAAAUUUCUUGCCCAACCAGUCGAGGUUUCCAGUGAGGAUCCAGCAUCCUUCGAGACCGUCCCAGCUUCACCCUCCGAGGGGCAGUUCCUUAUUGUUAACCUUCAAUGCAGCCAAGUUGAGUGCAGCAGCUGCAGGGUUCUCCGCCUGAUACAGGGUGCUGAUGCAUCGUGUUGGGACUCGUCAACGAAAAGCCAAGUGUAUAGCAGCACUGAUUGCCUGACGACAAGAUCAAUUCAGUUUCCCAAUCAGUAUAUUGCAGAGGGGUCCUAUACCGUUUGUUAUGGUGAUGGUGACAUGGAAACUACGCGGCGUCUGCCGGGAGCGCUUGUAAUAUCUAAGAUGAACCCCUCCAGCUACGCCUCUGUUCCGGACGCAGGGCGGACUAUUUUCACGAAUCAGGUUUCGAAUUUUAUCUUGAGUAUUAGGGGUGAAGGCCUCGGAGUUAAUGACGAGGCCUUUUUGUUGACCGCAAAGUUUUAUUCCUGUCAUGAUUUGCGCACAUCCGAUAUUCAGAACAACAGGACCCUGCAGAGGUGGCUCGCACCAAGUAUCUAUCCGUAUACUCUUCAAGAAACAAGUGAUGGAGUAUCGUGGAUCGUGUCGAACUUAUCCAAACGCUUCGGAGUGGGUAUGCUUUAUGAUAGGACGCUUUGCGAUAAGGCUGGGGGGCCUUGUGAAAUGAAGCUAUGCUACAAACGCAGCGGCACAUCAUGGGCACCCGUCGCCAUCGAAUCUUUACCCUCCAUACAGAUUAGGCUCCCUGAUCCCUCGUCUGUCUCAUUUGAUCGCAGUAUACUGAUAUCAAACAUGUAUGUUAUGGUAACUGUAUCGGGUAGUAACUUAAAAGAAAAAGAUCGCCUCGCUAUUAAUACCGGGAUAGUGUGUGAUGCUGGGGCGGUGACGGCCGCAGUGCUUGUGGGAAAGCCCUCUGUUGAUGAAAAUGGAACUCAAUGGCGUGGUGUCCUCCGUCUUCUCGAUGGUGGGGCGAAUACCUAUACCGUGUGUUACACACGAGAGUCAGGUACCACAUCUGAGAUCAACAACAUAAAAUUUCCAGGGUCGUCCAGUUCCAACAUUAAUAUCCUCCCUAGCCCGCUCUACGCAGUAUAUAGCAAGCAAAACUUUACUUCACUCCAUUAUGCUAUCACACGAUACGAGGAGAUGAUUAUUGCAGGGUCCUUUAAGGAUGACGGCAGUGAAAUAGUCCCUCUGACGAAUGCACAACUCAUCCAUGCGGACUCAGCGAGGGCUGAGUGCAACUACGAUUCCUUCCCGAAAGGCAUCAAACAAGCUGCCCCGUUUCCAGUCAUUGAGAAUUUUACUGAAACCACUCCUGGGUCAGGCGUAUUCCAAGGCCGUUUGAUGAUAGAGCAGGAUGUUUACAUGUUAUGCAUGAACACUUCGAAGGGGUUGUUCCGCGUAGAUGGCUUCCCACCGAAUGAGCCAGCCAAAGCAAGUACGGCCGUGAGCCGGUCUGCAGCCCUUCGUGAGCAUAUGAGUGCACCUAAAGAUACUAUAGCUAUCGGUAACGAAAUCCCGAACAACUAUGACGUGUUUCCAAAUGAACCUAUGGUGGGGCAGCAAGUUCAGUUUAAUUUUUACGCCCCGCUUACACCCUCGACAACCAGAAAACCGUUUGCUGUGGGAGACGCCGUACAGAUUAUUGAUGGAAACCUAUUCGACUGCGGCUUCCGGAACACCACCAUCUUUUCUGAAGGCCUUGUGAAAUCUAUCAUGAGCACGAACGACCGAUUCACCGCUUUAGCCGAGCUGAUUCUCCCAGAUGUUCUCACCAACAGCGCUGGUCUACGUUUAGCAAAUAAACCACAUAGCUUAACAGUAUGUUACCGGAAACAAUCCGGGACAUUCGCUACGGUGCCACGUCCUAGCACAACGGUGGAUCGGAACCUACACGUUAAGGAGACAAUACCCGUGCAAUGGUACUCAAACCCAAUGCAAUUACAGGACGGCGCUUCGGCUAGCAUCAGUUUUGUUGGUAACAACGACUAUCCAGAGUAUUUAAGUGCGGAAGACAGCGCCUUUUUGGUGCGCGCUCACGAUACGAACAAACUGUCAACAAACUCGGAGUUCUGUAGGACCGGUACCCCAGUACUGAGCUCUAUAGUCAUACAAAAGGAUGGCAUCAAUACUGUCUGGCACAUCACUUCAGGUAAACUUGAGGAAGGAAAUUAUGUUGUGUGUUACAUUGCCGCGAGAAACGGGAAACCACUCUAUGUCCACUCACCGGAGCUCUUGGUUGUGUACCCGCUUCAGUCACCAACCGGCGCCUACUCGAACCAUCACUCGCAAAGCGAUGAUCUUAAUGCAUACCGUGGUGAGCGCUUCUACAUCUUCUUUAAGACAUCUGAGGAACUUCAGGUAGUUCUUGAUGAUGGACUCACACCGGCAUCUAAGCUUGUGGGGCGUGAUGUGGUGCGCAUCUCGCCGCAUCGCAACUGUAGUGCUCCCCUUCAAAGUGACAGGGUCGCUGCGAUCCCAUCUUCCUUCGGGUACAAGCCACUGGAUACAAUUAUGACCAACUUGGGAGUGCCCGUCCCAUACAUUCACCUCAGAGUGCGAGCGGAGUCGGGGACUUACUUUGUUUGUAUGCAGCGCACAGGCCGGGAACCUUGGCAGGCGUAUUACACCAGCAGCCUAGUGGGAAGUGAUGUCCAUCCCGCGGUGCUAACCAUCACCAAUUCGCCCGUUACACAAUUUACGACUACGCCAGUGUCACCUCGUGUUCUUGUGAAGCGAACCAAGGUCCAUUUCUCAUUCUCAUCUGAAUAUACGUUGAAUAACUUUAAACAAUUUUUUUUCGUUCCUUUCGAGAAAAAUUUGAUAUCGACAGAGGAUGAGAUUAGCCAUGAUAACUGCUAUCGCCCCCCUACGCGCAGUGAGGCCGCCUCCGAGACUGUAGUAUUGUUGAACAAUAGCUUACAGGUUAAUUUCGAGACAAUGGAUCUCGACUGGAGUUUCACGGACGCCGGAACCUAUUUACUCUGCUUCCAACUGGUUAAUCAGUCAACUGUUGCAUCGGUUUUCCCCUCUACGCUCACAGUUCUAAAUCCGUCACCAAUUUUCUACGAAGUGAAACCCAUUAUUUCUAAAGGGAUCGCCUUCAGCAUGUCUAUCGCAGCGCUAGAUCCCAUAUUCGAUCACGACAAAAAUCGUAUGGAUAUUUAUGUGUUACCAAGUGAUGCUGACAUUGAGGCCUUGCCCAGCUGUGUGGGAGCAAAUCCACCGAGUGGAGGGGGUGUAACAUCAUUCACAAACUUCAAGAACGCAAGAAGCAGCUACGCUUCUGUGGAACCUAUCAUCAAUGACUCGGGUUAUUUCUUUGUUUGUUUUCUCACCUAUGAUCAGUCGAUGGCUUUCCCUGUACCCAAUCACGCUGGAUAUUUUUCGUUUUCUGUUGGCAUUACAGGAGCGCAGAAAUAUGAAGUUCAUCCGCCAAAUCCGUAUCUUGGUCAGAUUUUAAAUAUUAAUAUCAAGGGAAACUUGCUGAGUGAUAAGGAUCACGUUAAAAUAGUUCGUGUUUUCCCCAAGGAAUUGGCCGCGUUGGCUUAUUCACUGGAGGACACGGUGGGGUCAAGUUACGAAGUAGAAUGCUCGGCGUCGUCAAUAAAUGCGGACGCAAAUGCCCCCCCAGGGGACACAGAAGGCUCUGCGGUGGUGAGCAGCAGUAGCAUCGUGGGAUUCUACUAUCCUCGUGUGAACGCGACCGGGAAGUACGUGUUGUGCUAUCAGAGUUUUCCUCUGAAUAAUGUGUGGAGUUUGGUCGAUAAUCCAGGGUUAUUCACUGUGGGUGAGGCACAUCCAUCGGGUUAUUUGCUACAGCCGGACCCUAUGUACAAGACUCAGAUUGUGAAGCUUAUUGUGCAGGAUUCGGUUGGCUUACUGCAGGCCCAGGAUCGCCUGAAGCUUGUAUCGAGUUCUGACUCGGACAGCCCAAGAUUUAAAUGCAAUGACAACGCCCCAUCGAGCAGCGACGUUGUUGUUAUCGAGUUUGUCGCCUCUGAGAGCACGAAGGACGCGUCCGUCUAUCGUGUCUGUGGGAGGAGUUCAAUAAGCGUGGUCGUGUGUUAUCAGCUAGCAGGCACCAACUCAUGGGCCGAGGUUCCACGACUCUCCCCGCCCCCGAACUAUGUCUUUUCACCUAUAAUAUUUCUAAAAGACCCAUUUGUGGGUCCUUCUCUGAUCCCCAACCAGGACUAUACUCCUCGACCGUAUGAACCUUUUUCUUUCACAUUUACAAGUCUUUCUGCCUCUGAGGAGGUAACACAUGUGGGAUUCUCACUGGGAUCGCUAGAGCCGUGUACACCGAAUGUGGUCUAUGUUACUCCUUCGUACUACAAUAAGAAAUCAUCUACCAGCAACGUUUUUACCGUUGCUCUGAAUGCGGCUAGUAGCUACACGCUGCACCUUGGGAUGAGUGGUAAUGUGUUGGAUCCAAACAUAACCAAGACAAGCAGUCUGGUUGUCGGACCUUGUGAACCGUGUGGUGUGGUGCCACCUUACGCGUUCCUGGAUCAGGAGGUGAGUCUUACGUUCACGAGUUCAGAUAAGGGUCUUUCUGAGGGGGAUGCGUUACGCUUGAUUCCCAGGUCACAGGAUCUAUCCGAUUUACCAUGCGAGAACCCGCAAGGUCCUUACAAAUCGACAACUUUUAGUCCGACUUCAGUUGUAUCUGACGGCAGUUCGACCAGCUUCACGGUCUACACUGGCAAGCCUGAGGAUUUCAGUAGCUACCUCGGGGAGUAUCAUUUAUGCUAUCGCAAGGGUAACAGUGGCCCAGUAAAAGGAAAUUUUGCCAUUAUUUCUGACGAUGCAGGCCUGAAAGCGAUCUUUUCCAUUUAUCCUAUCGACUUCGUCAGGCUCCGGGAUGUUUGCCCCAAUGGGGAUAAUGUGUAUGCACUCGAGACGGUCGUGUUCAAUCUGACCGUGCUCGAUGAGCAUAAGUACCCGCACGCGGCCUUUGGCCCAAAGGAUAAGUUUCAACUUGUUCCACUAGCUGAUGCGUCGAAUAUAUUGUGUGAAGAUGUGAAUAGCAUCUCAACGCAGCCCGAUGCUGGCGAUCCUGGGGUUGUGUUGCCAAGAAUGGAUUCUUACGGCACUGCGUACUCUAACUGGUAUGCCACCAUGCCCGCUAUCCAACAUAGCACGUCAUAUUUAUUAUGCUUUAAGCUAGAGUAUGAUACCACCUUUCGGAGCGUGUCAACUACGAAGCUGACGGUGCAGUCUGCGAACCCAUACACUAUUUACACGACGCCAAGUGUUAUCUUACCUGAAUCGAUUAAUGCUACAAUCAAUGUGGUAGGCAUUGGGAUGCUUGCGACAGAUAACACAUACCUCGUGAGCAAUUCGGAAUCCUGUGCAGAAACCUGCUACCUCUCGCUUCAGCCAACUGAGUGGGACGGUGGACCGAAGAGGGUGACCUUCACCAAGGAAUACAUCAACUCUACGUUGCUCCGCAUUACCUUUAGUGGCCCUAUACAAGAUGUCGUGACUCUUGGUGUGUGCUACCGGCGAGCUGGGUAUCUACUAACUCGUGUCGGCAACGUGCACGUGGGGGAGCCUAAUCCAACAUUAUGGGUGACUAACUUUGUUCCGCGGAUCGGCACCCGGCCAACCAUCACAUUCAGCGGCAAAGAUCUUACAAAGGAAGACCGUGUUAUGAUUGUUCGGCUUGGUGACACAUGCUAUGAGGGUGCUGCUGUCGCUAAUGCGGUUUUCCUCUCCGUAGACAGCCUCACGCACCUAACUACGUCUUUUUACUUAACCCUUAUAGAUGUGGUAGUGGAAAAAUACACCAUAUGUUACUUUGUUUCUACGGUAGGUUCCUAUGUAGAAAUGAAAGAACCCUUCUCCGUACUGCCGGGUGGGCCCAAUGUCUUUACUACGAGCAACACACUUAUGCAGUGGCGUGCCACUGUUGUGUCUGUUAAGCCGGAUUCCAAUACAAACCCAUACACCCCGCAAGUCAACGACGAGGCAUAUAUUACGAAUGAGAAACAAAGUUGUUUUGAUGAGGUACACGCGACAGUGCCCUACGGCACCCCUUACGCAAAGCUCACAAAUCCUUUGGAACCGUUGCGUAUCCGUGUAGGCUUCAACACGGAUGGCACAUAUAUUGUAUGCUACAAGCUCGCGGACAGCGGUUAUGCGCGUGUAGGCUCAAAUCUCAUCCUUAAACCAGUCUUGAGCUCGCCUACUACUGUUGUGCGCUUUCCGAUUCUGACUUACCAAGGCCAACGACUGGCAUAUAACUUUACGGGUUACACUGAGAACGAUCCCAUUGAGGAAAGGGAUGAGGUCAUGCUCGUGGAGAGGGCCCGUGGCUGCUGGGACACACCUGAUAUGGAUCCUGACCGAAUAUUGGUGAGUUCUUCCCCGCUCGUCCGCAUUCAGAAAGACCAGAAAUCACUUGGUGAGUGGCGGGCACACGUCCCUUCACUGGGGCCUGACGUCCCGAAAGGUCUGAAGUUUCCAUGUGAGUACAUCCUGUGCUACCGCGCGGGAAGCCAGGAAGAGUACAUCCCUGUUCCCACACCUGUUGGUUUACUACUUCAGCCCUCUGACGCCGAAUCCGUCGCUGUUACCGACACUGAGAAUGUUCUUUAUGCUGCAGAUCCACCCACAUACUCAACACAGCCGGCUACCGUCAGGGUUGGCAUGAGUGACGUUCGUGUCUCCUUUCCCAGAGCACAAGUCGGCGAUAUGGCCUAUGCAGUGUGGUUCGAAAUACUGACAAACGAGGUUUGCACCUCCGAAUCGACUUUGAUAUCUUCGGAGGCCAGCGCUUAUCCAAAGUAUGGUCUAAGUCUGCCAGGUAACCUUCGCGCGGGUGAUAACCACGUGGCAUUAUGCUACAUCAAAACUGGUGGUUCGGUUGCGGAGGUGCCUCAGACGCUGUCCAUCUCAACGGGGAACCCAAGCAGCUAUAAAAUGAAUACUGUUACGCCUUUAGCUGGGUUUGAGCGAGAGUACAUUGCCUUUACCAUUUUUGGCGAAGGACUAAAUGCACAAAAGGAUGCGGUAGUGUUUUCUGAGGUCUCAUGUGGUACGGCACCGAAGCCACUCAAAUCAACGCCUGCAUUAGCUCGAAUGGGUGAGAUGGAGACCAUUCCGACCGGUGUAAAAUUUGUAGCUCAGUUCAGAUCGAGUAGGGUCGCAUUACGUGUGUAUCUGUGCUACGAGCUGGAUAGUAUUUGGCGUGAGGUGGGCAGCCCCUUCUUGCUACAGAUCUCAAACCUGUCAACGGCACAACUUGAGACUUUCAACGGAAACGGCUCCCCACGUGCUGGGCAACACCUGAGCAUCACACUAGCAAGCAGUGUGUUAAUCACGCUUGACGAGGCCGCUGUACUCGCCGUGUCCACUCCCACAGGAUCCGGGACAUGGUGCCAUAAUUUCACUCAAGACGACAUUCAGGAGCCAGACCUCAUCAUGAGCGCCCCUCUGCUAGAGGUUCCGGUGUGGCAGUACACGGGGGCCUCACGUUUGUGUCUGAAAGUUUCAAAGGAUGCUCCAUGGAUGGACAUUGCAUCCACAGUCGAUGGAAUUGGGCUGACAGAAGUGCUCGAAGCGAAUCCUUCGAGGAUGGAAGUCUUUCCCAACCCGCCUCGAGUCGGGCAGCAGGUAACGCUGACAUUCCAUCUUGUUGUCCCAAGCGCAAAGGGUGAUAUGAUACGCAUCCCCUCUCCGGGAUACCGGAAAUCGUGCGACACCGCAACUAGUGUGGUUGGGUUUCUGAACGCGAUACCUGUUAUGAUUGUGGACGGGUCCACGACACGCGUGACGUUGGAGGACUCAACGGACGCGCUUGCGUACCGUAGUUUCAACACCACUGGGACCUAUCUCGUGUGUUACUACAGCGCGCUGGAGGCUGCUUGGGGCGUUGUGGGCGGCACGUUCCAAGCAGGUACUAUAAACGUGCAAAACCAGGUGCCUCAGCGUUGGGAGCUCGAGAGCGGGGCCCUCGUUCAGUUCCAAAGCUUCACACUUCGCUUCGAAGAUGAGUUUGGACGGCUUAACGCAUCCGGCGGUGACCUUGCGUGGGCGGCUCCGUCUGGACAGAGCUGCGGGGUUGACCCACAUUCCUGUGCCCAGUGCAUUCUGUUCGACAUGAAUGCAGACGUCAGCACAUCAAAAAGCGUUGUGACGAAGCCGAUGGCAUCUAACAUUGUCGACAACUUCAACGUGUGCUACCGCCUCGCUGGGAGUACGGCAUCUAUGAUGGAGAAUCCAAUUGAAAUUAACGCUGGUCCAAUUCAAUGCAUCAAAAACACUACCAUGACAGCCGGUAUGCGCCAAGUCGUCACUUUCAUGAUUGGUAAUGGUGUGGACGUGGAGCAAGAUACGUGGGGUGUGUCUUUUUAUCAAACUAGCAUGAGGGAGUGCCAGAGCCACUACGUGCCGAGUUUUCUUCCCGAGAUGGUUAAAAGGGGCACUACCACCGCUACCACCGUUUCCUACAUCGUCAACUGGCCUUUGGAUCUUGUUGAGGAUAGGUAUAGGAUUUGCUACCACCAUAACAACAUGUUCACGCCGGUAUGCACAUGCGAACAGAUUAAUUCUAAGAAUGGAGAGUGUUACAUUACCAUGCAGACAUCUAUAGAAAAAUUUACAGUCGCACCGGACCCGAGUUAUGUUGGACAGACGAUUGGACUUACAUUAACCCUUGCCACUGACCGUGCUAUGUACCCUCCAACGAAUGUAAAGUUUGUUCGUUAUGUAGAUAGAUUGACAUCGUGCGAUGAGGCAGCGACCUUUGAUCCACAAGGCGUCUUGAGGAAAGUCAAAGAUACGGUGUAUCAGUACGUUUUUAAGCAUGACUACACGCUAGAUCCAGGUGGUUUCCUGGUGUGCGUAUUGACGAGUUUAUCCACAGAUUACGUCCGCAUUGCAAGUAAUUCCAAGGAUAAACAUCAUGACAACUUGCUCUGGAUUCGCCCUUACUUCAAAUUAGCUACAUUUCCAUCGAAAUCGGAGUACCUGCGUGCGAUGCAGACACUAGACCUGCGCUUUACACACCAAUCGAAAUUACCAGAUGACGUUGUCAGUCUUGGUGAUAGCUUUACCUUCGUUUCUGACCCCAAAUAUUGCACUAACGAGUAUAUUAACCAUCAGGACCCAAGCAAGGAGUUGAAAAAGUUUUACCUUGACGACACUGCCUUCCGCAGUAUCCCGGCGCCGGUCAGGAGCACGGAUAGUCAAAAGUUUGAAUCUGGCACGUUUUUGACUUUCAACGAAGGGGGUGUUGGCACUCAGUACUUGUGCUAUAGGCUAGUCACCGGCACGUGGGCUCCGGUGCUUCCAGCGUUGAGCAUCCAGCCUGCCAUGACAAAGGCCAGCGAGUGUGUUAUGAUGCUAGAUUCAGAGCAAGAAAAGGGUGACGUUGCUGAUAGUUCUGCACGUGCGAUGCAGUUCAUACGGACUACCAUCAAAGGAACAGCGGACUUUGCGAAACUAUACACCAAAUUUGACGCCAUUCGCAUCGUACCUCAGGACUACGCAUGCAUCAACGACACUGCUGUCGUUUUUCUAUCAUCUGAGACGUAUCCCCAACCCUCAACCAACUUUGACGUCUCUGUUGUUACCUUCACUGAGGAGCCGGGAGUGUAUAAAGUGUGCUACCGCAUUGGAGGCCCAGCCAGCGACUUCGCGAGCUGGAGCCCAAUUUGCCAAGAUAUCACAUUUUCAACUCCUAGCCCGACGGCUAACUUCUCAGGUUGCUUGAUUGAAGGCCAAAGUCUAGACGUCACCACUACCCAUCGUGAUGGCUUUACCUUUGAUGCUGAUGACAGGGUUCGAUACGUUGCAGGCGGCGAGCUCUGCCUGCACGCGGACGGCUCGUCGGCUCGUCCGCUGUCAACGAUCACCCUCAACGACGUAGCACAAGCAGUGGAUGGGUUCAGACUAGGUCCAGAUGCAAUGGGAAAAACCAGCGUAUCUCUACCUUAUGCGCUCCUGGGGUCUCAAACAAACAGCUUUACUCUGUGCUACCGAGACGCCGGAGGGCAUGAGUUCGCGAUUCCGAUCAACCAUGCGAUUAAACCAAGGGCGUGGAUUUUCCCAUUGCAAGAGCAGCAACCGAGCUUCAUAUUAGUGAACCCGUCUAAUGCGCAGCUUGGCCAGCGUAUCGUGCUAAAUUUUACAGCCUCAAGUGAUGCCACAACGCCGGGGUUAACACCUUAUGGUCUCUUACCCGAGUUCCCCGUUCCAGGCCCAGCAUUCAAUGGUACCUUCGAUGCGGCCACACUAUUGCUUUUGGAAGACGGUGUGGCGUAUCGUGAGGGCCGCUGUGCGGCAGCAGCCCGCGACAAUGUGCUGGAGCUCUACGGCGUCUAUGGCGCUAACUCCAAGCCUCCUUAUACCGUGGCUGUUUACGACGCAAAGAUUGGGGGCAAACGAUACAUUGCUUGCUAUUGCCUAGCGUCAUGUAGAGCAGUGGACAUCGGGAGGGUACUUAAUAUUUUACCUUAUAACCCUGCGCGUACUUAUACCACACCAAGCAAGCCGCGUCAAGGCCAAGUGAUAGAGGUACACUUCACUCGCGAUAGCACGACACCCGACUCCGCGUUUCUUACCCCCAGCCAGGACCUUGCUACAAUACAAACAAGCUUAGAAUCGUGCUGGUCGCUAGGUACAGAUGCAGGAACUGUGGUAUUGGGAACCCCUUCUGAGGUCUACUUUACGGCGAUCUUCCCUGCUCAAGCACCAGCGCAAUCAAGGACGCUCAUAACGCGAAUCUGUUAUCGUUUAAUCAAAGGAACAUGGUCGGAGGUGCCGGGUGGAGAGGCUUCAGUGCUGCCGGCGAACCCAUCCGCGUUCGAAAUCGAUCCGGAGAUUCCUCGGCAGAGUAAGCUCAAUACGAUCCGCUUCAUUGGUUCGGGCCUCAGUCUUGGCGAUCAUGUGAAGAUAAUUCCACUUUCUGUUUCAUGCAAUGAUACGUCGAGGCCACCGGCUGACUUUGUGGCAUACGAUACUGCUCUGAAACCGCUGAAUGGGACCAAAAGCGGCUGGCAGGUAACAGCCAUAAGUAUGGACAGCACCAUGACGGGACUCAACAUCUCAACGGAUACACAGGGCGAGUAUAGCGUGUGCUAUAGACUCAAGGAUGAUACAGUUUGGACGUUGAUGCACGGCAGCUUGCAUAUUUACAUGCGAAACCCUAGUAUGAUGACACAGACACCUGUCAUGACUCUGGAGGGGGAGAUGUUCACACUGAACUUUACUAACACCCUAAGCGACAUCAUUAAGCCCUUCAGAGCUGUCUCCGUCUCUCCCAACGCCAAGGAUCGGGUUGCCGUAUACUUUGGCGAGAAGGUGAGCUGCAUUGCUCCAGAUGGUACCUCCAUCAUCGAAACUGGCCCAUCACGAAUCGAUUUACUGACCCAAAGUAUCGCCUUUCAGCUGGUUAUCACGAAUCGAGGGAGUUACACGGUGUGUUACUUGGAUUUCCUUGGCUCUUCGUCCCUUGCGGAGGUUGACAAGUACAGCCCUACCUGGGGCUUUGCGCCCAUCGUCGUUGGUCCUAAUCCCAAAGGAGUAGCGCUAUUUCCACCUGUUGACGCGCCAGUGGCGGACUAUAACCCGCAGAAGCUGAUUUCGCUCGUAUUUAGUGGUUUUGGUUUAUCCUCUUUGAGUGAUAAUUUGGAUGAAGUGCGCCUCGUCGAUGCCAGUUUGCCGUACUCGCACGAGUCCUGCUUUAAUCACAUCACUCCGACUGAGCUGCACCUCUACAAGCUCAUUGCGAAUGGUAGUCAUGCCGUUCAGGUAUUGUCCUGGAUCAAACCAAAGAAACUCGAUACUUUGAAUGCUGAUGCCACUCCCAGCUCGCGCUACUGGAUUUGCUAUAAAUUGUAUGGUGGGUUGUACCACAUUGUUGGCUCGACUCUUCUGAAGGUCUUCGGCACGGCGAGUCCAAGUGCGGCUAAUCCAUCCAAGCCUACCUCAGACAUCGCGAUCGGUGAGGCCGUGAAUUGGACUUUACUGGAAAACAGGGCGUGCGCGCGGGGGGAUGUGCUGUACUACAGCGCUAGUGGGUGCAAUGAUAGGCCUUACUAUGACAUGCCCCCGUUGGCAAGUGGGCAGGAUCUCUUAUCAUUAUUUCCAUGGGGUGCGUCUUGGGUGGACUGCAGCGUCCCCCAGACGUCUGUGCGGGUGUCAUAUACGGCUGGAUCGCCCACCAACGAGGAUCCUUAUGCGCUCCACACCGCUGAAGCUCAGGGCUAUCCGAAGCUAUCCUUGUGCUAUUACCACAAUGCUUCUCAUCAAGGAUUCAUAUCUAGCGUUACCAUUCUGGGGCUUGACACGAUAUCUAUCAACGACGGGGUGCCACCCGUCUUACCCCAUCCUCUUACUGGAAUUCAGGCAGGGCGUAUAUUUUCUUUCGAACUGGAUGUGCAGCCGGAGUCUGACUUCUUAGUGUUGACAGCAACAGCCGAAAAGUGCUCGGAUAUGGGGACACCUCCAGAGGAUGCGGCGCUCUUCAUGACUAUGACGUACAACAAAACUCAGCACCGCCUCGUCGUCACAACGGCUGUGCCAGCCGCAGGAACGUACUACAUUUGUUAUUCUCACCGCAUCAAGGAAUGUGAGCUUCGCUAUGGCAGGGACUGUGCGCGCGUUGUUGGAGAGAUUCGUGCGACCGCUGCUAAUCCUGUGGGUUGGAAGGCAGACUCGGCUCCAGUCUACACAUCGAUGUUUCUCAACAUCAUGUUAGUGUCUGAUAAGGCGUUACCGCAGGAGGGCGCGUCACUGUGGAUGCGACAACUACCAGAUGGGGCGAGUCAUAGAAAUGGUGCUCCUACGAUGGCGGACGUCGCUGCCAGAUGCCUGGAGUCUCACACAGGUGACUCUGGUGGCGGACCAGCACAGGUCACAUUCACGUUUAAGCGCGAAACUGGCAAGUGGAAGAGUACGGAGCCUAUUAAAUAUGCUGGACCAUACGCGUUGUGCUAUAAAGAUGUCCCGAUCGAUGAAAUGGACAACAUUAGCGCUUUAGUUGAAUCAUCAAGCUUUUCCUUUCCCAGAAACGUGCCAACGAUUGCUAUCUUCUAUCCGGUAACGAAUGCAGGGCCAGUGGUGAAGCCGAGCCGCGUUAGCAAUGUUGUGUUCAAAAAGCCGCCGGUCGUGGGCGGAGAUACGGUGUCUCAUGUUCUCCUGAUUGGUUCUGGCCUUUCACAGGACGAUAUAGUUGUGGCCGUUGGAGUACCCUUCUAUUCUUUGUUGUCAACUUCAGAUACUUUGAAGAUUCCGUUAGACAUAUGCACCAACACCCGCUAUACCCCACGUGUUCCAGGUAUCUCUGUCUUAUCUAACACCGUUUAUGACCCGAGCAGUAUGAGCCAGAUGCUGUACGCAUUUACUUUCCAGAUAACAGGAGGUUAUAUGCUGUGCUAUACAUCGGCAGAUGCGCGCCGUGUCCAGCAACAUGGGAUCCCGAUUACACCUGACGGUUUUGCGGUGGCUCCUACGGUGACGCGUGUGACAGUAAUAGGCGGCGUGGGUCUCGUGAAAGUGCCGAUGGAUUUACUGAUUAAUGGCAACGGCCUCAGAGAUACCGAUCUCGCCGCUCUUGCGUUGAUUCCUUCCCACCCCAAAGCACGUCACAUCGUUACCCUUGACAUCCCCAACGUGUGCGACUCUGACAAGCUUAUCUUUACUACUCCCGUGAGUGCCAACAAGGACGGCAAGACCGCCACCUACAGAUUUACCCCUUCCGUCGAGGGUGACCAUGUGGUCUGCUAUAAAGUUCAACCCGGUGGAGGCAUCCUCGCAGGGCCGCAGGAGCUGCCUGGGGUGAUUGCUGUUGGUGUGGAUUCCGCGGUGGAGGCUGUCUUUAUUAUACAGCCGGACUUAUGCCAAACAUUUCUGGCGUGUAAGGUACAACCUAAGGUGGAGUUACAGGACAAAAAAGGCGAGCCUGUGGCCUCACCAGGUGCGAACGUGCAAAUGGCGCUCGCCUUUGCUGAGACAGGUAAGCUGACUCCGGAAAGCUAUCUAUUAGGAGGAGGUAUAUUCAUCAAUGAAAAGAACACAAGUUUCAACUUUGUAGCCCUGAGCAUCUCUACCAAAGGGAAAUACUAUAUGACCGCGGAGUUUACCUUGAUGGGGAAUCAUUCUCUGAGAGUAAAUUCACUUCCUUUCACCGUUGAAGAUAGCCACGUCGACGUCCGCAGCAUUGCGGUGGUGGUUUGCCUCCCAUUUGGCAUCAAUCCUGACCGUGAAAGUCCAAUCCAUUGUACGUGUGAAAGUCUGUCAUCGUUUUUCAUACCAAAGAAUUACAGCAUUAGUGUAAGUGCUGGCACUGCAACUGCAUGUAUUGCGAGCGGGAAAACCCCCAAGGGCCUCUCAUAUUGUACCUUUAAUGUAACUCCACCUCAAAAUACUGGGGGUGCGGGAAUGCCGGUUAACUACCUCGUCGUUGAGGUUAGAAAUAUUGAACCAUACAUCCGUUGGCCUGUUAGUAACUCCCCCAUUGUUGUGCGUCUUCCGAGUAUUCCUGAUCAAUGUACGACUUUAUCAUGUACGAAGUCUCUAUCUAUGACGGAUCAUAUGCAACUGCCUACUGACUAUGUCCGCGCAGGAGACACCCUUAACUGCACAGUACAGGGUUGUGCAGUGGUUGACAAUAUCACCACCAAUGUCGUCGUCCCAGUUUCUAAUCUACGCGUCACUCACACUUACUUCUCUGAUGGCAUGAUCAAAACUGACCCCAUCGAUAUCGGUGCAUUCCCAGGUGACCCUAAUGGGCUUUAUUCGUUCAGCUUUACUGUAGGAUCAGCACUAAAGAUCUCAGUGAAUGGCUCGAUUUUGCCGAGUUCAAGCUACGAGGGCCACGAUGUGUCAGAAAGCAGCGUUACCAUGACCGGAAGCCCUCAGGUCCGGACAAUUCUUGGUGUGCCCACUGCAAGGGACUCCAGGAUAUCGUGUAAGUCCAAUACGUCGAGUUCUAGAGAAUGGUUUUUACCCUCAGAGGCGAUGAAUUGCGUGGUGCAACUUGCGGAUCACAGUGGUCGUGUAAACGGCAUUGGAACUGACUUGGAGGUGUUGAUGCCACAGGGUGGUACUGCUACCACAAUAAACCCCACGAUCGCCAGCACGGAACUCACUAUUGCGGUAACUGCACCGGAGUCGACCCCUACACAGAUCGCUUCUAUGCUUGAUGAAAGUAAGUUGCAUGGUACUAUCACUCGCCAUUCAGCAUUCUCACUUAUAAGUGCUUAUGACUUUCGGUUUGAAAUCCAGGUCAACUUCAGACCUGCGAAAGGGAUGACAUUAGGUUCUUAUACGGGCAAGCUUGUUUACGUUAGAGCCAUGACAGACCCCUUGCCGGAAUUCAUCGCGGGUGCAAGAGCUUCAAUAGAUUUAGUCGGCUCAGGUCUUCUUACCACGCACAGUUACGAGAUUGCAGGCACCUCGACUUGCGAUCCCGGAUCUUCGGGCCUCCAGAAAGCCACUGCAUCGGUGGUUAGUAGUCCCACGCAGGCAACAAGACUGAGUUUCACGGUUCCCAAGGGAAUGACAUUUUACUUAUGUGUUGGAACACAAGACUUACCAGACUAUUUGCGGCUGCUGACACCCCACGCGUUCAUAAUUUCCGGGGGCCAACAUAGUGAUUGGACGCGAGAUGGCUUAAUUCUUCUCAUUAUUGGUAUCAUUUUCCUAGUGAUCCUGUUGCUGCUGCUGGUAGUACUUCUUUACUGCAUUUUUUGCGUAAAUAGAGGAUUUGUCGGGCGCCACCGCUAUGCCCGAGAGGUCUGCCCGCGAUCCACAGUGUAUAUACCUCCAAUGGCGAAUGAUCGAUUUUUAUGGCGUGAAAACUCCAUUCCUGUUCUACUCACGACUUCGCAAUCUAACACAGAGGGUGUUAAUCAUGCGCACACUGCAGCAGCCGCGCCCUCUGACGACCCGCCAAACAUCCUCGUAACUACUGAAAGAACGAUGAAAGACCAUCAUCGCCAGAAGAACAUGGACCCCACGUUGCCACUUCCGUCACCCGUUAGCAUUUUAGCACAGGAUAUGCUUAAGCAUCACACACCUUACACAGCGACAGCGACGACAAACUCAACAUCCAGCAAUACAAUGCUACGAAGCAAGGACGACGUGUUAGAAGCAGUAGGAGAUGCCGUGAAGUACCGAGCAAGGAGUAAAAAACACGAUUCCCAGUCUCGCAACCAUAGUGAAGGCAGUAAAAGGAAGAAUCGUGAUCACGUCGAUAAACAUGGCAGAACAUCUAGCAACAUAAGGCGCACCAUCACACCAGAUAUAUAUCCUUCCCCUCAACCUGACAUAAAGUUAGGAGGAAAUCAAUUAACAAGCUCAAGAUCACCUGAACCGAAGAAUAGGAUUCUUUCCGCCCCAGAUGACCCCAUGACACUGCGGCACACAAGUAGUCAAGAAAAGCGCCUUAUAAACUUAGGUCAAACUGAGGAUCAUAACAUUCGCCGCAAAUCACAAUCUUCUAACACGCCAAUAAUACCGUUACCUGAAUCUGCGGGAAAAUUAACACCAGGAGGACCUGUGGUAGCAGACAAACAACAGCAUGAUAAGGGACAUGAUACAGUGGGUGCAAUGCUGGAACCAUUUGUCGUAUCUGGACAUACAUCACGGCCCAUGAUAAAUCCACACGGCGAUCAAAAGAGAAUUAAAGAAGGGAAAAAAAUAUAA